AUGGGCAAGAUCUUCAACAUUUCGUUGGCAGUAUUUGCCUCCACGGGAUCAUUCCUGUUUGGUUACGAUGCAGGUGUUAUGACAGAUGUCAUUGCAUCGGAAAACUUCCUCAACUUCUUCCACACGACAUCGGACUCUCCCAUAAUCGGAGCUAUCAAUUCUACGUUUAAUGGAGGCGCGGUAUUUGGUGCUCUCCAAGGAGGUCUCACCAUGGAUCGAUAUGGAAGGAAAAUUACGAUCCUCAUGGGCGCCCUGAUUUGUCUGGUCGGCGCUCUCCUUCAGUGCACUGCGCGAAAUCUUGCCAUGAUUCUUGUGGGUCGUAUCUUCACUGGAUGGGCUGUUGGGUUGCUUUCCAUGGCUGUCCCUGUUUAUAAUUCUGAAUGUGCGGAUCCCAAGAUUCGAGGUUUUAUUGUUGGUCUCUCGCAGCAAAUGAUCGGUAUCGGAUUCAUCGUUUCAACAUGGGUCGGCUAUGGCUCAGGCACCGCUUCCAAUUCAAGCAGUAUUCAAUGGCGUCUUCCUCUCGCUUUCCAGUGCCUCCCCUGCGUGAUCCUAGCUACCGGUAUCAUGUUCUUCCCCGAAUCACCUCGCCAUUUGAUGGAGACGGAUCGAGAAGAAGAAGCUAUGAAGGUUCUUCGCAAACUACAUUAUAAUGGUCAUAACGAUGAGCUUAUCCAAAGCGAGUUCCACGAGAUCAAGACCACGAUCGCUGCUGAAAAAGCAAUCACUGUUCCAGGGUGGGGGAUUAUGUUUACAGUACCUCAAUGGCGAACCCGGUUGAUGCACGGCGUAGGAGUCCAGGUAUUCACUCAGUUUACAGGAAUAAAUGUCAUCGGCUACUACCAAACCAGCAUGUAUGAAACUUUAGGCAUCAGGGGGAAUCGGAAGCUCCUUGUCGCAGGAAUCUACAAUUGCAUUGGCCCUUUUGCAAAUUUGAUCUUCAUCGUAUUCCUCAUUGACCGAGUCGGAAGACGCAAGCCGCUCAUAUGGGGAACGAUUGGCAUUAUGAUCGCCUUGAUAUGCGAGGCCGCAAUCAAUAGUCAUAUCAAUCCCGAUGCGGCUCAGACUGGACUCUCAUAUGCUGGUGUCGUCUUCUUGUUCUGUGUGACGGUCAUCUUUUCAUUAUCAUGGGGCCCAAUCUCAUGGGUAUAUAUGUCCGAAGUCAUGCCUAUGCAGAUUCGAGCUCGAGGAAAUGCCUUCGCCACAGGUAUCGGAAAUUGGCUUGUGUCCACUUUCUGGGCUCAAGUUUCUCCCACAGCACUAAAAAGUCUGACUUGGAAGUUCUAUUUCUUGUUCGUUGCAUGGGAUCUGGUCGUGACACUCCCAAUCGUAUAUUUCUUCUUCAAGGAGACGAAACAGAUGACACUCGAAGACAUCGAUUUAUUAUUCGGUGAACGUGCGCUUGGUACCUUACCAGAUGAUCUUCAUAAGGGUACUGUCUUAGCAGUUGCUGAGCAUGAUGAAAAGGCUGUGCCAGAUGUUGAAGCGAAGUCGACUACGGCUCCAAUUCCUGUUCCUGAAGGAGACAAAACUGUUGAGAUUUGA